AUGCAUGGAUUCAUGACGGCAAAGGGAAAUCCAAACUACGAUCGAUCUGCGCGUCUCAUUUUAAAAGACUAUGUUCAAGGCACAUUGCUUUACUGUCAUCCGCCACCAGCCACGGACCCCAAAAGUUUCCAAUUCCUGGGACGUUCAAGUACUGGACUUCCUCCUAGCUUGGCCAACGCGGAUCCAGCGAAAUUGGCCAAAUUUUACCAGAUCAAAGAAAAGCAUCACGUGACUAGUCAAUUGCGAGGGGAUCUAACUGAUCCGGCCAACCUAAUCAGCGAGUUUGAUCGACUUGCUUUUGAAAAGGCGUCUCAACAUCGCCCGCACGUGCGCUCUCGAAAGCAACUGCUGCGUCCGGAUUUGGGGGUCGGAGACCUCAGUUCGGAUGCGUUGGAGACCGGUUCGACUAUGAGUUCCUCUUCUUGGGUCACCACAGAUACAGUUGGUGGUUCAAGUUUGUUGUCUGGUACGGAAUCGAUUCGAUCUAAUUGGACGGCGUCUACAGCCACCGGUACCGGAACAGUGCAGAAGAAACCUUGGAGAUUGAUAAGUCAUUCGAAACGCCUCAAUACAGUUCGACAGGACCCAUUCACUGUUGGUGAGUGCGGUGCUAAAGGUGGUCAGAGUCGCAAACGCCGUGAAAAAUUACGUCGCGUUUACUCUCAUUUGGAUCAGCACGAGAAAACCUAA